AUGGAAGUCCGUAAAGUAUGUGAGAUAAUUAGUAAGGUGUUUAAGGAGUUCGAUGACAUUUCUAAGCAGGAGACACACGAGUACAAGCGCCUUAACCCGACGGCGGCUUCGAAUUUUGUUCGAGAUAGUGAGCUGUACGAAAUUCCCUUAGGGAGUGUUCAAGGGUAUGAAUUUGGGUGUCCUCUUGAUUGUGUUGAUACAUUUUCUGUUGUUGAUGAGUCAUUCUUGGAGCGAUCGGAACCCGUGAAGUUCAUUGACAGGGUGUUCGAUGGACAAUGGAAGGGGGGUAGUAGGGGUAAGAAGCGGUCUAGGAUGAUGGCAAUCGACGAAGUUGAUGAGUGUAAUACAUUGGAGAGUUUGAUUGAGUUGGGACCGGAGAAGCUUAAAGAGGGUUUGGAUGUCUUGGGACUCAAUUCUGAGGAUACUGUCUUACAGAAAGCGGCGAGGCUGUUAUUGGUCAAGAACACCCCUGAAGAUAGGCUGAAUCGAAAGUGCUUAAAGACGGGAAGAGAAGAAGAUGUACAACAGUCUGAUUAUAAAGUGACAGGACUCGUCGAGGCCAAUGUCAAGAAGUUGUGUGGGAUUCUAGAAGAGACUAUUGAGCAAACUCGACAAGAUGUUGAGAACAGGCUAAUGAUGACUGCUAACGAAAUAACUUAUGACUGCAAGGCUGAUUAUGAGAUCGAGGGAGAAAAGGAUGUCGAAAAGGUUGAUAACUUGGUGCUGGGUUGGGAUGGACUUGACCAAGAAUUCGAGUGUCAGAUAUGUGGGAAUUACACCUACAAGGGGCAGAUUGCUUUCGAGAGGCACUUCCGUGAAGAGCGUCAUGAACAUGGUAUGCAUUGCCUAGGAAUACCUAACUCUCAGAUCUUUUAUGAGAUUACUGAGAUUGAUGAGGCAGAAAAGCUGUGGGAAGAUAUUCGACCGAGACAGGAAAUGUUCUAG